AGGAGGCAGCGCGAUAACACCUCUUUCUCCUUCUACCUGGAUGGUGAUUGGGCAGGGGGGGGUGCGUGUAGAGAAAUGUGGAAAAGGUCUGCUGGAAGUGUGGAAAAGGCAGAUUCAACAGUUCAACAGAGUCAGUGUGGAAGUUGCCAGUGCAGUGGUGGCCGCCUAUCCCUCCCCGCAGUUACUGAUAAAGGCCUAUCGCCACUGUCAGACCAACGCAGAGCGACAUGGCCUCUUGAGCGAUAUCCUUGUGCGGCGAGGAGAAGGCGUCGCGUCUACGUCCCGUCGCGUUGGCCCGGAAUUAUCCAAACGGAUCUAUCUGCAGUUUACAAACUCACAGCCGGAGUUGUCACUUGAUUUAUGA